UUGGUUGGAUAAGCUACUGAAAAUGAAUGAAAACUACCAGACCAGAGUCUCAGUAGAUGUUGAGAAAAGUCUCAGGGAGAAAUUUGGAUGGGUACUUCAACGCAGAGUAGCUGAGCUGAAACUGAGAAGUGCAACACAAUCUCCUAUUUCAGGACUAGUGGAAAAUGCUGUCGUUGAGAAAUUUGAGAAGACACCCUGCAUGCAGCCCUUUGCCACAAAUGAGCGGAUGCUUUUGGAAGCUAGCAAGGCACUCAAUGUCCUGUAUGUUUAUGAUGGAACAUUCCAACCAUACCUAAUAUACUGGCUCUUUCCUCUUCAAGUUGCUUUUAAACAUUCAUCAUCUAAGUGGGCCAUGCACAAUCCUGAUUUGAUGGAGACAGCCGUGAGAAGCACAGAGGAACACCUGGAGAAACUUCUGAAAUGCCCGCUUCGCUGCCACUGCUACUGUGCGAUCAAGAAUCUCCGGAGGGGAAGGCCCCAAAUCCUCGGCUUUGCCUAUUGCCUGUUGCCGGGGCCAGGGUCGAAGCGCUCGGCAGAGAUGGCGCUCAGUGCUCGGUGUCGGAGAGCUGGUCGGAGGCUUGGAGUUUUCGGACAGAUUCGGAGCGGACUGUGGUCGGAUGCUUCCAGGAUGCUGCAUCGGCAAGUUUGCGACACUGGAGGUUCACCGUCUGCGUGAGAUGAUGGAAGUUUCAAGAGACUUUGAGACUUUUUACCAUGCCCAUGGUCUGUUCUUUAUCAAAUUACGGUAUUGCUUUGCACUGUUGUAACUAUAUGUUA